AUGGAGAAUUAUCAGAAAAUCGAGAAGAUUGGAGAGGGCACCUACGGCGUGGUCUAUAAAGCUCGAGAUCUCACACAUCCCAAUCGAAUUGUUGCAUUGAAGAAGAUUCGACUAGAGGCUGAGGAUGAAGGCGUGCCGAGCACUGCCAUCCGCGAGAUCUCAUUGCUGAAAGAAAUGAAUGACCCCAACAUUGUUCGACUCUUCAACAUCGUCCACGCUGACGGCCACAAGCUGUAUCUGGUCUUCGAAUUCCUGGACCUCGACCUAAAGAAGUAUAUGGAGGCACUUCCCGUUAGCGAAGGUGGUCGUGGCAAGGCGCUGCCCGACGGGUCGGCACUUGAUAUGAAUAGACUGGGGCUGGGAGAGGCCAUGGUCAAAAAGUUCAUGGCCCAGCUCGUCGAAGGCAUACGGUACUGCCACAGCCGUCGAGUGCUUCAUCGUGAUCUGAAGCCCCAAAAUCUUUUAAUUGAUCGCGAAGGUAAUCUCAAGUUGGCGGAUUUCGGCCUGGCCAGAGCUUUCGGUGUUCCCUUGCGUACUUACACCCACGAGGUUGUUACCCUCUGGUAUCGUGCGCCGGAAAUCCUACUAGGUGGUCGUCAAUACUCCACUGGUGUCGACAUGUGGUCCGUCGGUGCUAUUUUUGCUGAAAUGUGCACGCGCAAGCCGUUAUUCCCAGGAGAUUCUGAAAUUGAUGAAAUUUUCAAGAUCUUUAAACUCCUCGGAACCCCGGACGAGAAUUCCUGGCCCGGUGUCACUUCAUUCCCCGACUUCAAAGUCUCAUUUCCUAAAUGGAAGCGUGAGGAGACGCGAAAGCUGGUUCCCGGCCUGGAACGGAACGGUCUCGACCUUUUAGAUGCAAUGCUCGAAUAUGACCCUGCACGACGUAUAUCCGCGAAGCAAGCCUGUAUGCACCCGUAUUUCCAAGCUGGCAGCUCGGCAUAUUCGGGACGCGAAAGAUUGCCUCCAUGUCCAUGA